AUGAGCGCCUACAGAAACAUACUUUACUUGGAUGACUUUCUGGCACUGGACUGCAACAUGCCAGAUGUGUUCUUGGAUCCUCAGGAAUUCUACGGGUUGGAUGGCACUGCUGGGUUUAUAGAGCUUGCUGACGGUAUGUCAUUCCAGACAAUUACCGCCAUCGACAGGAGCAGCGACCUUCUUAUGCAUCCAGUGGCCGAGAGGCCAGUGGGGACGGGAGACAUGUACAAGCCCAGGAAAAUUAGGGGUGCUGGAAAGCUGAGGGAGGGAUACUGCGAGAUGUGCAACCUAUGGUUCAAGCUCAAGACAAGUAGCUACUGGUACCACAUGAACUAUAAACAUGGAAUAAACUCCAAAGGAAUAAGGUACCCGGAGCCUCAAAUAAGAUACACAGAACAUAGGGCAGAGGGAUUCUGCAUAGCCUGCAACGACUGGAUAGUGCUGGGGCACAAGGCAAAGGGAAGGUCCACAAAGUUUGGAUGGUUCAAGCACUGCCAGAAAAGGCACAGUUCAAGCAAAGCAGUUUAA